GUCGUAUUUAUCAAGCAGAUGAACUGAAUAAAUAAAAUGGAUGCUCAUAGAUAAAAGAGGUUCCUUUAAAUUGGGAAGCUUCAUAUGAAUAACCAUUCAUUAUUGUGCGAGAGCUUCAAGUUAUCAUCAUGGAGAAGUCAAUGAACUUUCUUUUGGUAGCAGUUUUCUGCGUCAUCGCAAUUCAUUGUAUAGAAGGACACCUUUACUUCGGAAGUUGUCCAGAACUUUUAACAGCAGAGAACUUCAAAGUUUCAGAUAUAGAAGGGACAUGGUACGAGAUCGAGGCUCUGGGCUCUUUCAUUGAGAGAAGAUUCACAAAAUGUAAUUCACCCAAAUUUAUCACAAAAUCGGAAGACAAAGUCAAUGUGGAAUAUUCAAGAGUUUCGUGGCCCGCUGGUCGCAUUGUAAGUAAAGGAUUUGGAAAAGUUCUAAAAGAUGGACAGUUGGAAUUAUUCUUCAGUCUUCCAGGAGUGGGAAUGCAGAGCUUCCAAUACCAUAUUUUGGCAAUUGAAAAGGACAGCUAUGCGGUCGCAUGGAGCUGUACCCAACUUCCACUAAUGCAUAUGCAAAAAGCUUGGAUUUUAUCACGCAAUACCUCGCUGGAUAAUGCAACACUGGACAAAGUUCAUGACAUUGUAGAGUUCAAUGGUCUGAACAGGAACUCCUUUGUGAAAGUGAAGCAGACUAAUUGUCAAACAGGGACAAAUGAAGAUGAAGAGAACUUGAUUGAGGAUGAAGAUCUGGGAUCAGCUAUUGAGAACGUAAUGGAGAGAUAGGUGAUCUACAGCCAUGUAACAUAUCAACUGAGUAACAUAUUUUUUAUUUUAUAAUUAUUGUCAAGAUGAACUAGUGCUCUGAAAAUCUAAAUUUCCCCAAUUCAAGUAGAAUGGAUGAAUAAUCAAUUUUAUUUGAGCACAAAUCAAUAUUGUUAUAUUUUAUAUAAUAAAAAAAACAUUAUCAAAGUCAUUUAAUUUUGAUAUUUCUAUUUUUCAUGAUUCCUAUUUAAAAUUGCAUACCAUAGAUGCAAUCAUACAUCUAAACGAAAUAUGAUAAGAUAAAUUAUGAUAAUACAGUUAUAUCCGUCACGUGAGAAGUAGAGAGGACUCUCCAAGUCCAAACUCCGCCUAGUAAAUAAUAUUUUGAUUUUAAUUUUAUUUUUUAUUUGAUAAUUGUAUGAUAAGGGAGGCAAGAUGCCAAACAAAAUACAAACUAUGAUGAGGCAGAACAAUUUAUGAAUUUUUCGAAAUCAAAACACGAAACAUUGAUCAUAUUGAAGUGUUAUCUGUUCUUCUAAUGUAAUCUAAUUUAGACACUUUCCAGGGCAUUUUCAGUGAAUAGGUUCUAGCUUGAGAUUCAUUGAAAUAUUAAAGCCUUUUCUUCACUUGA